UAUAAAAAUAAUAAAAAAUAACAAAAAUCAACAUCAUCAUUAUUAUUUUGACAAAUUGACAAUAAUUUUGAACAAUUUGGUCAAAACGAAAAAAAAAAUCAUAAAAAAUUAGCUAAAAAAAUAAAAGCAGCUGAUAGCUAUACCACCAAAUUUGACAAAUACUGGAUUAAAAUAUUAAUACUCAUUUCCAAACCAUUCCAUACCAACCAACGACUAACUAUCUAUCGAACCAUUCAUUCAACUUUUCGUUGCUGUGGUUCCAUACUGGAUAUUUUAUGUGCUGACAAGUUUGCAUUAUAACAUUUGCAAAGCAUGAAGGGUUGGUUUGAUGCAUUUCGAGACGAUGGUGGACCUACACUAUAUUCAUUUUCAAAUCGCACACCUGUAACGGGUGAUGUAUCCAUUGUUGCCGUAUCUGUAUUAUUUGCAACAUUCUAUGUUGCUUUCUUAGUUAUAUUUCCAGGUGUAAGAAAACAGAAAUUUACAACAUUCUCAACCGUCACAUUAAGUCUUUUUGUGGGACUAGUCAUACUAAUCACAAGACUCGGUUCAGCAUGGCAUGUUGCACAUACAACAAUUAUAGCACCAUACAAAGCAUUCUCGCGUGAGAAAUUACCAGCUCGCAUAGGAACCCAUAUUGGUUUAAUGCAUGUCAAUGUUACAUUGACGGCAAUACCCGUUGGCAACUGGACCCCACCUGACAUCGAUUACAAUGAACGUUUCACUUGGGAGGGUGCCACCGAUAUGAGUAACAAUUAUCGCGAUGCAUUGAAGCGUGGUUUGCCGUUUCCCAUCUUAACUGUGGCUGAGUACUUUAGUCUUGGCCGUGAAGGUUUUUCGUGGGGUGGUCAAUAUCGUGCUGCUGGCUAUUUUGCCAGCAUAAUGCUGUGGGCCUCAUUGGCCUCUUGGCUGCUAAUGAAUUUGUUACUUAUCGCUGUGCCACGGUAUGGUGCAUAUAUGAAGGCAUUAACUGGUGCACUCUUGAUUGGCACGAAUGUGGGUUACUAUUGUCAAUUGCCGAAGAGACCAUUAACAAUUUACAUGGAGGGUGGUCGUUUGGAAUUUCAUUUGGGUUGGUGUUAUUGGCUCUUGCUAGUGGCAGGUAUUUUAUGCUUCAUAGCAGGUGUAUUAAUUUCCAUCAUCGAUUUGGUAUGGCCUCAUACAUUCUCCACCGUUUUAGAGGUCUACUAUGGUACACCCUAUGAUCGUCAUGUUAUUCUAGAGGAGUCUAGUGAUGUGCGUUAUCGCAAACGUACCAGUCGCAGUCUAGAAGAUCCUCCUGGCUUAGGAUCUCGUAUAUUGAGACGUUUAUCAUCGAAAGCACGUGACAAUUCACAUAUGCAACAACAUCGUGGCAGUUCGGGCAGCAAUAUGCCGGUACACAUGGCUGGCCAUGUACAUCCACAUCCCCACAUGAAUGCCGGCGUUGAGAAUAAGGCAUUCCAAAGUGAUGUGCCCAAGAGUCCUUGGCGCUAUCCCUUCCGUCGUGCUCAACAGAUUCAGGCACAUCCUAUGCAUAUGCAAAGAACUUUGUCACAAGAUUCGGGUUCAUCGAUGGGUUCGGCGGCCAUACAAAUAUCACCAUUGCACAAACAUGCCUUGUCAAUUUUUUUCAGAAAUCCUCCUAUUAAUCGCAUAAGAGACAUGGAUCACUGGUGAUGAUCUUCAUCUACAACAACAAAUACUUGAUUAAAGAAAGAGAACAUUUGAGAACGAGAUGAUGUUUUUAUAAAUCAUUUGCUUGUUUUCUUACACUUCUCUUUCUCUCACAAAACAAUUUAUUUUUAAUUUAAUUAUUUAACGGACGUAACUUAUUUGUGAUAAAUUUUAUUAUUUUUAUAAACAAUUGACCCUCUAAUAUAAUGGACCAUAAUUUAAAACAGAAUGACAAAAAAACAAAUGAAAAAAAUAAGGAACACAACCUGACGAACGAAUUAGUUUAAAUUUUUAUUUUAUUUGUUUGAAUUAUAAAAUUUAAGUUUAAAAUUUAAGUACAACAACAGCCAUUUUAUAGCUAGAAAAUACAGAUUAAACUAAUAACUAUAUGAAUAAUUAAAAAAA